AUGGUUUUAUUGGAAUUCUAAACGUAACUUCUACCAGCGAAAACGGACUAUUUCGGUGCAACAAGCUAACUUGCGGGCAUUUCCCAAAGGUUCCAUUUUUCAAUCUUAUUUGCUAAGAUUUGAAAAAAAAAUAUGGAGAGCUGUGAUAGCUCAGCCGUGGCUCGAGCCCGCUUGGCGGUGCUCUCUUAUCACUUUGCGCCACCCUCUUCUCUCAAUUCCACCCAUGAAGUCCUCCUCGACGCCUCUCCCGUUUCAGCCACCGACCUCGUGCAGCCGCCCCCGAAUCUCAAAGGCGCUCUCACCAUCAUCGAUGAGCGGAGCGGUAAGAGGUACCGGGUCCAUGUUUCUGAAGAAGGCACCAUCAAAGCCACCGACUUCAAGAAGAUAAGUACAGGAGAGCAUGACAAGGGUCUAAAGCUUUAUGAUCCUGGCUACCUUAACACAGCUCCUGUACGGUCAUCAAUAUGUUAUAUAGAUGGUGAUGCUGGGAUUCUUAGAUAUCGGGGAUACCCUAUUGAGGAACUAGCUGAGAGAAGUUCCUUCUUGGAAGUAGCUUAUCUGUUGAUGUAUGGCAAUUUACCAUCUGAGAAUCAACUAGCAGACUGGGAAUUUACUGUUUCACAGCAUUCAGCUGUUCCUCAAGGAAUCUUGGAUAUAAUACAAUCGAUGCCUCACGAUGCUCAUCCUAUGGGUAUUCUUGUUAGUGCAAUGAGUGCUCUUUCCGUCUUCCACCCAGAUGCCAAUCCAGCUCUUAGAGGCCAAGAUAUAUACAACUCCAAGCAAGUGAGAGAUAAACAAGUUGUGCGCAUCCUUGGGAAGGCACCGACUAUCGCUGCAGCUGCUUAUUUGAGGAUGGCGGGAAGGCCACCUGUUCUUCCAUCCAACAAUCUUUCCUAUGCUGAAAAUUUUUUGUACAUGCUAGAUUCGCUAGGUGAUAGGUCUUACAAACCUAAUCCAAAACUUGCUCGUGCACUGGACAUUCUCUUUAUGUUACAUGCGGAGCAUGAAAUGAAUUGCUCUACAGCAGCUGCACGCCACCUUGCAUCAAGUGGGGUUGAUGUGUACACAGCUAUUGCCGGAGCAGUAGGAGCACUGUAUGGCCCUCUUCACGGUGGAGCAAAUGAGGCUGUACUUAAGAUGCUGAGUGAGAUUGGAAGUAUUGAAAGAAUUCCCGAGUUUCUUGAUGGUGUGAAGAACAGGAAGCGUAAAAUGUCUGGGUUUGGGCAUCGUGUCUACAAAAAUUAUGAUCCCAGGGCUAGGGUCAUAAAGAAGCUAGCAGAAGAGGUAUUUUCCAUUGUUGGGCGGGACCCUUUAAUCGAGAUUGCUGUUGCAUUGGAGAAAGCUGCGCUUUCAGAUGAGUAUUUUGUUAAGAGAAAGUUGUACCCAAAUGUCGACUUCUAUUCUGGGUUAAUCUACAGAGCAAUGGGGUUCCCAACGGAGUUCUUCCCUGUCCUGUUUGCCAUCCCCCGAAUGGCUGGCUAUUUGUCUCAUUGGCGAGAGUCCUUAGACGAUCCAGAUACAAAAAUAAUGAGACCAGCUCAGGUGUAUACCGGUGUAUGGUUGCGACAUUAUACUCCACCUAGCGAGAGAAAGCCGUCAUCUCAAACAGAUGAACUCAGUCAGGUAGCCGUUUCCAACGCCACCAGACGGCGGUUGGCUGGUUCCGGUGCUUAAGCUCGUAAAGGAGUUGACAUCGUACUAUACGUCCCAGGAAUAAUGUGAAACGUUGUUGGCAAUGAAUCAUAGACAUUUUUUUUAAACAGGAUAUGGAAAUUUUAUAGAACUAUAAAGAUGUUGAAAUUCCUAGUCUUCACUACACGUGAAUUUGUCUGAUUAGUAGGA